AUGGAAGUCUUCAUCACAGGAGCACCUCUUCCACCCAGUGCUCCUUCAUUUGGAAUAUCUCUUCCGCAGAAUUCUGAACCAGCACCAAAACCGAUCGACACACCAACACCUAAUAAGAAAAUGAGAACCAUGACGUGGAGCAAGAUCCCUGCAUAUGCAUUUAAGAAGGAAAGCAUUUGGAACGAGAUUCUGAAUAUGAAAGAUUCUAUUGACAUAGAUUACAAAAAGGUAGAAGAGAUGUUCUCUCAAAAAGAUGUAGCGAAAUCCCAAAAUAAAAACGCUUCCAAUGUGGAGGUGACACUGCUGGGCGAGAAGAAGAGCAUGAAAUUGAACAUAUUCCUGAAACAAUUCAAAAAAACAAACGAUGUAAUAAUAAAGCAAAUAAAAGAAGGCGAUUGUAAAGAACUUGGUGUAGAGAAACUAAAGGGGCUGAUGGAGCUUUUACCGCAACAAGAGGAGAUUGAGAAGAUUCAAGGGUACGAAGGCGAAUUCAACAGGCUUGGACAAGCUGAAAAAUUCUAUUACCAGCUGAUACAAUUACCAGACUUCAAGCUAAGAAUUGAAAUGAUGUUGCUUAUAGCAGUUUUCAGGUCUCAGAUUAGUACAAUACGUCCAGAUAUCCAAGUUUUAACGUCAGUUUGCAGAAGUUUUAUGGAAAACGAAUCGUUCAAAAUGUUUCUUAGAUUUGUGCUUCAUGUAGGGAACUUCAUAAACAAGGGAAGCAGAAUUGGAGAAGCUAUCGGGUUUCGUAUAGAUUCUCUCAAUAACCUUAUGAUGACAAAGUCAAAUACAGCGAAGAUGACUUUGCUGCAUUUCCUUGUAGAAGAGGCUCAGCAGAAAAAUACAAAUUCUCUAAAAUUCGUUGAGGAUCUUCUAGAACCACUGCAAAAAACAUCAAGCUUAGAUGAAAACAUAAGGGACUUUACAAGCUUUCAUAACGAUGUAAAUCGCCUGAAGGGGCAAUUGGAAGAUGCAAAUGAGGAAGUUAAGACGCAAUUUUCGGGAUUUAUUAAGGAAGCAGAAAACGAUAUUACUAAUACAGAAAAAGCAAUAGAGCAAGUGAAAGAACUAUGCAAUGAGCUUGCAGUUUACUAUUGCGAAAAUGAAAAGUCUUUCAAAGUAGACGAGUUUAUAGAAUCAUUUAAGGAUUUCUGUGAGAAAGUUAAGACGAGUGAACAUGACCUUGAAACGUGGAGAGUGAAUGCUGAAAAGGCAGAACAGAGACGCAAAUCACAGGCUGGUAUGUCAGUGAAAAGAAAAGGCGGACGCCAUGGGUCAGAAAACGAAAGUUGCUAAGGUGUCACUCUACUUACUAAAUUUUAGGUGUUUCUCUCUGCUACUACGUAGGAUGGACAAAGAAGUAACUGUGGCUCUGAACAAAACGUAGUGUUUGAGUGAAAAUCAAACAUGCUUUUAAAGCAUAUUGUCUAAAUUUGGUGACAAGACAAGAACAAUUCAGAAGAAAUUGAACAAAGUGUACAAUAUUGUAGUUAGUUAUAGUAUCAUAUUUAUGCCCUCACCUUAAUAGCUGAAUUACUCUUAUUAAGCUGAAUUACUCUUAUUAUAAUUGCUGCUUGUGGCCAUCAUAUUUGAAAACAUAAUUGACUGUGGUCAAUAUUGACUCCUGUUGAAACCAGGAGGUUAGAAACAAGGUCUCAUUCGCACAAGAGACUAAAGAGUUCUAAAUGGAGAUUGAUUCUGCUCAUUGCCCUAAAACUUCAUAGCUUGAUUGUUUCUGGUUUGUUUAUGACCCCUAUCAAGGUGAAGCUUACUUGAGACUGAAAAUUGCGAUGGCAAUUUUGAUAUACAGAAGAUAUUUUUGAAUACAAGUGUGUGUGUGUGUGUGUGUGUGUGUGUGCGUGCGUGCGUGCGUGUGUGCAAAAUGUGUACACAUUUGUUUUAUGGCUUAAGUGUUGUUAUAUUACAGGUCAUUUGGGACCACGGUGUCCAUUCAAUAUCUAUGGUAUAGAAUUCCACUUUAGCCGUUGCUAGGGGACGUCAGUGUUGUUGCACUUCCGGUUACCUCUCCUGAUCAGACUCAGUCAAACCGAGUCUGCUGUCUGUUUUGCUUGGUAACAUUCUAUGCUUCCGAAGAAUCAUCGGAUAUAUCUUAUUAAAGAAACUGUAAAUAGUUGUAGUGCUAAAAUUGCAACAUUUAAAACCUUCUACUUUUACGGUUUGUGAUGAUGGUUCUAAAAUGUCAUAAAGUACCGUAUUUAACACUUUCCGAACCGCCAUUUUAGAAUAUUCACGUAUGCAAUGCUUUAAAAACAAUGGACUUAAAAAUAAAUCAACCUGAAUCAAGGCUACAUAAAGCUUUAAAAAAAUAUUUAUAAUUCUCGAGGCAGGGUCUGACAAUAGAGCUACUUUAAUUGUACUAAACAGGUUUACCUUUUGUUUCACUAUUUUUGUAAUUCGUAUAUUUUGCACAUGCUGCGUGCAUUGAAAAAUUAAUUGCACACUUGCUUUUUUAUUUAUACAUUGAGCUUAUAUAUAAAUGAAACUAAAAAAAGUAUAAACUAAUCAUCAUUUAAAGAAAACUAAUACAUGUAUAAUACACAGAUCAAAGCUAGACGAAUAAUAAAGCUGAAAGACGGAAUAUCUUACUUUUGUGUAUCUAUGAAACUGUGGCUUCCUUCUCCAGUAUUUAAAUGCUGAAUAAAGAGAUUGGACCUGAAUUUUAAAGAGCUUUUAUUCUUGUUGUCUGAAGCAGUGACAAUGCUAAGAGGGCCAUUUACUGGUCAACCGAUAGAAGAUGGGCUGGAACAAGACCCUCUAAAAUUGUUGAUUUCUCCAGUAACAUGUAAAUAAUCACUUUUAACAUCCGAUAUUGUCCAUCGCUACAUUGAUUCCCUGUUUCGCAAUAUCUAUAGACUUAUGACUUUUCGAGAGAAGCAUCGGCGCGGGUCAAGUCAAGUUGGUCAGUGUUCAAAUAGUUACCGACUAGAAAGAAAACGUGUAAAUUUCUAUAUCAUGUGACAAUCCUAAUUCAAAAAGUAGUAACAUUUCUGUAAUAUGUUACUUUUUGUGCCAUAACAUUUGGGUGAAAUGUCGAUGGCGGGAAUAUAAUGCAGGCGGGAAAUGUUGUUAUACAAAGACCCGACUUGUAAAAAAUGAUUUUGUUUUGAAAGGUUGUAGCUAUAAUGCCCAUUUAGUAAUCUUUAGAUAUUCUUUAAUAAAACUAGAAAGUGGAAACUUUAGUCGUAUGAAAGCAGACAAAAGCAAAUCGCAUACAACACACUGAUGCUAUCUAUAUAUUAUUACCUUAAAUUUGUACAAUGAAUUUAUCAUUUAGCAAUUGUUUUUGUUAAAUUCUGAUAAUAUUAGUACAAUAGAACCUUAUAUCCAUUUUCCUACCUUGUCAGUGCUCUUUUAUAAAUCGGAAAACGUCUUUAAACUUCUAAACAUAUACUAUGAA